UUCAUCAAACUCAGAGUAAUGAACGUAAUGAUGUUAUGUAGUAUUGUGUGCCCCGUUGAAAUAGAAAAAUGUUGAGAAACAUCUCUCUGGUGUUGGUUUUCAGCGUUAUAUGUACAUCAAGUAUGUCCCAUUUUAUUCGAAACAAAGUUGAAGACAAACGGGUUAAUCCAUGUAUUUGGAUUUUUAUACAUAGAAGACGACACCCUCCUCCUCUACCAAUGCCAUCAUCGAUUCCUCCAUCUCUUCAGCCUAAUAUGACCGAUGCCCAGACUACUUCCACAAGUACUUCCACAAUAUCGACGUCAUCUGCAACACUUGCAACUAGGAAAGCUGUUGAAACAUCCUCAGUAUCAACUGUUAUAGCUGGCGACGCAGCAACUAUGGCAUCAGCACCUACUUCCUCAAAGACUGAUGAAGAAAACGUUUCAAUAUCGACUUCUGAAGAAUCAACAAUAACACAAGAAACAACUACAAGUCCAACUGAUGAAAUGGGUACUGAGGGGGAACAAACAACUACUUCUAAUGGAGCUACAGAUGAUGAGCAAUUAACAUCUCCAGAAGGAACAACCGUUACUAUGGAAGAAACAGCAGCUUCAACCGAUGAGGCAACUACAGCAGCCCAAGAUGGAACCGAUGCAGAUGAAGUCUAGAAGAUGAAAUAUUUCUACUACAGAUUGUUAUAACGAUAGAAAUAGGAGAUAUAAGAAAAGUAAUCAAAAAAUGUAUUCACAUAGU